AUGCCAUCGGACAUUUGUUUAUCGAGAAUUGAUUAUAUUACUAUAAAAUUUCCUCUCCAUGAUCAAUUUUGGUCUGCAAUAUCAAAUUUUAAUUGUUUACAUGCAAUAAACGUUUUAUCUUACAACGAUGCUUAUCAAUCAGAAUUGCAAAAUUUAUUCGAUCGAGCACCGAAAUUUCGUUCUUUACGUAUCAAUCAAGACGAUUCAUUGCCACUUCAAACAUCAUUAUCUAAGUGUAUAAAUCCUUCAAGUCAUUCUCUUAGUUUUUUCAAAAUGAAUCAUUGUUUAAAUGAGGAAGAAUGUUUGUUAUUUUGUGAUUCGCCAUUAGGAAUGCAAUGUGAAACAUGUACAUUUAAUGUUGAAAAUCUUCUUUGUAUUAUAAUUCUUGUCAAAAAUAUGAUCAAUCUUCAAGCAUUACAUAUUUAUUGUCAAGAAAUAUCAGCAGAAAACAGAGUUGAAGUUAUUGAGUGGUUGAAAGAUUAUCUACCAUCAACAUGUUUUUGUUACGAAAGAUCCAGUUCUACUAAUGGUAUUCGAAUAUGGAUGUAA